CAGAAGAGCAGAAGCAGGAACGUGUCCCGUGUUCAGUCGCGACUUGCUGCAGUCUUACACGUUUCGCUUGACAGUUGCACUGGGUUUCCACAAUCUGCAGAUACACUUUUUCCUCGGAAUACUUUAUCGACACCCAGCAGCACGGAUGUGCAAUAUGACAUUUGAAACCUGUGGAGGCAUCUCUUCAGAAAGGAUGGAAACGGUGUCAAAGGCAAUCGAGGAGAUUCUCAGCUCUGCCUUGCCCCAGGGUUGCGUCACCGCCGGCGUUUACGAAGCAGCCAAAUCUCUCAAUGCGGACCCAGACAACGUGGUCCUGUGUCUGCUUGCGACGGACGAGGAGCACGCGGGAGACGUUGCGCUGCAGAUCCACUUCACGCUCAUCCAGGCCUUCUGCUGCGAAAACGACAUCAACAUCGUGCGAGUGAGCAACAUGCGGCGCCUUGCCGAGAUCCUGGGAGAGAGCAAGCUGGGGGGAGAGCCCGAAGACCUGCACUGUGUUUUAGUAACGAAUCCCCCCUCCACUUUGUGGAAGGACCCUGCGUUGGGAAAGGUCAACACGUUCUGCAAAGACUGCCGGUGUCUGGACCAGUGGCUUCCUGUCAUCAACCUGCCCGACCGAUGACCGCGACGUACACACAGGGCAGCACGACACCAUGUACGUGCGCACGCAAAAAACAGUGUGCCUCGGAGGAAGGAAACGAAACACAAACUUCAUUAGACCCCGGCUAACGGUCCCAGCUCUCAGUUAUCCGUUAUCUGUUUUCCGUCUCCGGGAAUACUCAAGCAAUCGGUUUCCAGGGCAACGAGGAAUAGCGGUGGGAGGAGGAGCGACAGGAGGAUGGAAUACCAACGAAGGAAGAGAUAAAGAAUAAGGAAAAUAUAAAAGCGCCGGGUCAGCGCGGAGAUACCGCGCCAAGAAGGAUGACUCAGCGCUUACAAGGAGUCACAGGAUCUGGCAAGCAUGACUGUGCAUUUGCGGGAACACAUGUCUUUGCGGGAUACCGGAGCAUGUGAUCUGGCACGACGCACGUGGAAGGACACUCAAGGAAUGCAGACAGCGAGAGGUGGCGGGAGAGAGCGAGAGAGACAAAGAGGGAGAAGAGACAUAGAGAGAGAGCUGCUGAACUUGAUCGACUCCAAGAACCAGCCUGGAAUGUUCCAGUUAAACACUAAGGACACUUAACCAACUUUUAACAGAUGCCUUAAAAAACGUUAAUUUAAUGUUUUCUUCAUGUGACCAGCAGACAUUUUGAUAAUUUAAAAAACAAGUCUUAACACGCUGUAGAAGGAGCCAUGCAUCUCCUUGAUCUACUUUUAAAUAAUAAUUUAUUGGAUAAACUGUAUUUAUUUUGCGCAGUAGUCUGACCAGCCUGUCCAUAAUAAUAUAAAAAUGUAAUAAAAUGUUCUUAAAGUGAA